GAAUAAACAAUGAACUGACAGAUGUCAAAAAAAUAUAAACAUCUGUCACGUUGAGUGUGCUACAAAUCUACAAUUAGAAUGGCAUGAAUGUAAAAAGUAAGAUGUUUUUAAACAUUUGCAAUAAAUAAAAAUGCUCAAUUAUAUAACUAAAACGGUAAAUACUCGCAAUUAAUUUGGAAUCAUGGAUAUUGAAGUGCAUCCAUUGACAAAUAACCCCACAGAAGCUUGGGCUGAGAUAUUUCGGUCCCAGAAGGUCUUCAAGCUGAAUGUAAAAAUACCAACGAAACCUGCAGAGCCAAACAAGCUGAGAUUUGUAUGUAUGAGUGAUACCCAUUCACUUAUACACAACAUAAAGUAUGACAUACCAGAGGGAGAUGUUUUCAUUCAUGCUGGAGACUUUACAAAAUGUGGACAGAAGGAAGAAGUUAUUGAGUUCAACAAUUGGUUAGGUACAUUGCCACAUAAAUACAAAAUAGUCAUAGCUGGAAACCAUGAGCUCAGUUUCGACUCCAAUUUUAUCCAUUGUUUUAAACAAAGCUCCAAUUCAAGGCACACUGGAUGCUUUGAAAAUGAAGAAAUCCCUAACUAUGGAAAGAAGAACUCCAACAUUGGUGAUGCAGUUAAGACUGACAAUAUUAGGCAGUAUUUAACAAAUUGUAUUUAUCUUGAGGAUGAAUCCUAUGACAUUUGUGGUAUUAAAUUAUAUGGAUCCCCAUGGCAACCUGCUUAUGGCAAUUGGGCUUUCAACUUGAGCCGAGGUGAUGAAUGCCUAAAUAAAUGGAAUAAUAUUCCUACAGCAAUUGAUAUUCUAAUCACUCAUACACCACCCUUAGGACAUGGGGAUUUUACUUGUUCUGGGGUGAGAGCUGGCUGUGUGGAACUGUUUACAACAGUUCAAAAUAGAGUUAAACCCAAAUACCAUGUUUUUGGGCAUAUCCAUGAAGGUUAUGGAGUAACCUCAGAUGGUAAAAUAAUAUUCAUCAAUGCUUCAACUUGUGACAUAAACUACAUACCAAAUAAUCCACCAGUAGUUUUCGAUGUAGCUUUGCCUGCAGGUAGAAGUAAAUAACUUCAUUGUCUAUUUAUAAAAAUGCGCUUUAAUUUAUUUUGUAUAAGAAAAAAAAAGAAUGAUCAUUUGUUUUGUAAUUAAUUUUUACUUGUAAUAAACACAAUAAGGUGCUCCACUACACUGCAAAUCAGUCUCACUUGCAUCAUGAAAUGAAAACAUCUCAGCGUAUCCAUAAAAAAAAAGAAACAAUGAGAAGAAAAACAGAGGGAUAAACAAUUGAUUUGUAG